AAUAAAUAUCUCUGUGUCGCUUCUGACCUCACAUUGCUUUGUGAAGUUUGUGUUCAAAAAGCAUCAUGCCUGAACCAGCAAAGUCCGCGCCUAAGAAGGGCUCCAAGAAGGCCGUCACGAAGACCGCCGGUAAGGGAGGAAAGAAGCGCAAGAGGUCCAGGAAGGAGAGCUACGCUAUCUACGUCUACAAAGUCCUGAAGCAGGUUCAUCCUGACACCGGCAUCUCUUCCAAGGCGAUGGGCAUCAUGAACUCUUUCGUCAACGACAUCUUCGAGCGCAUCGCCGGUGAGUCGUCUCGUCUCGCUCACUACAACAAGCGCUCCACCAUCACUUCUAGAGAGAUCCAGACCGCCGUGCGUCUGCUGCUGCCCGGAGAGCUGGCCAAACACGCCGUGUCCGAGGGCACCAAGGCCGUCACCAAGUACACCAGCUCCAAGUAGAGAUUCAACCGAGACUCUCAGCGACCCAAAGGCUCUUUUAAGAGCCACCCAACUUCUCCUUAAAGAGCUUCUGUUGUUUGUAAAACUACAUAUUUUUCGGAAAAAAUUACUUUGAAAUAAAGUGGAUUUUCUAAAGUGUCUAAUGAAACUUGAUCCGAGUCUAAUACAAGGCCAUAGUUUUCGUCGUUGUUCAGCGACAAUAACUUUUUUUUUUUUUUUUUUUUUUUUUUUUUGUUCUUGGGAAAAAAAGUAAAUCCAGGUAAACUAAGGGGUUUGGAAUGAUGUGGAAAGGUUUUCAGUUUUGGACAAAUUAUUAAUUUAAAUACACACAAGUGAAAUCUCAACUUUAGCUCUCAAAUGUUCUUUUAUUGCUGUUAAAACAUUUCAAAACUUCCGCAUAUUAAUGGGGAUCAAGUUUACUUUAUGCAUUUACAAAGCAUGUGAUUAUAAGGUUCGUUAGUAUAGACAGGAGCAUUUGGGCCUAGUUAAGUUGACUGAUUCAUUUUAAUAGUCUACCCUAAUAAAACAGUUUAGUAUAAUUCACUUGCCAGGAGGGUGUUUUUACAAUAAAGUCUGAUCUUUCAGUCUUUGUAUUUCUCAUUGUCAGCUUAUUAUGGACUAAUGCCCUGCAGCUGUCUGAAAAUGUUUAUUAAAAAAGUAUCUUUCAA